ACACCGCAGGUUGUUGCUGUUGUCGCACUCGGUUCGUUUUCGCCGUUAGCCCACCGCAGAGUUCAUUGGCGACGACUUGGCAAGAGCGGCCGAGAAAAUGUGGAAUGGACCAGGGCAAGGACCGAGGGGAAGACCUCCAUUUAGAGGUAAUCACCACGGAGAAAUGUUUGGGGGAAGAGAUCAUCCCAUGCCUGGUUUUUGGGGUAGAGAUGGGAUGAAUAUGGGACCCAUGGGCCAUACGGGUCCUCUGGAUAUACCACCGAUGGCUAUAAGAAGAAUGGAAGGUCCACCAAUGUGGGGACGUGACAUGAAUCCACGUGAUAUGCGUGGUAGAGAGCAGGACAGGGAUUGUUUUAGAUCUGGCCCAGGGCCAGUUUUAAAUUACCGAGGGCGGUUUGAUGGUCAUCCCAGAGGCAAUCUGAUGAAUUCACCGGGUUUCUCAGGAGUUAAUAUGGGGGGCAGAGAUGUGCCAACAUGGGAGCAAAACAACAGAUAUAUGGACAUGAGAGACAGGGACAUGUUUCGUGAUAAUAUGCCUCGCUUCAAUAAUCCCAACAUGGAUGGGAUGAGAGGGUUUCCCAUGGACAGAAUGGAGCUCAAUAAUAACUUUGGGGAGAUCCGGCCUCCAGUGGGCAUUGAUGAUGACAGUCAUUUUAACAUGGAGAUGCCUCAACAAGAAAGGAGGAUGAUAGACAUAGACAGACGAGCAGGACCACCUUUUAAUCCAAGAGGUGGAUUUGAUUCCGAUAUGGAUUUUAGAAAUCACCCUGAUCCGCCACCUGAUGUUCGAGGCAGAGAGCGCUCUCCUUUAAGAUUUGGAAAUGAUGCCCCUCCAAUGGAUAGGACGAGAGCUGGCAUGCCUGCAGAUGACAGUGGUUCACAAAGAUCUGACUUCAAGGGUCCAGAAGAACAGUCCAAAAGGAGCGAGGGUCCAGAAUCCAGUGGUAGUCCCCUUAUGGACUAUAGGAGCGGUGAAGAGAUGACUCUUGCAGAGGAAUGGAAGAGCCGACAGAAGGAUAAACCGGCUGUCUCAGACAAAGGUAGAGAAGGUGCUUCUGAGUCCUCUUACCCAGCAAGUUUUAGGAGAGAUGUGACCAGUCGAGAUCCACCAGCAUUUGUUGAGAGGGAUAGACCGCCUAUUGACUUCCCGGGGGAAAAUGUGCGCUUCCCUCGUGGUGAUCACUUUGCUGAAAUGGAUCGCCCUCCACUUGGGAGAAACUCCCCACAAGAAAGAACACCUCUUCCCGCCACUCCAGGAAGAGAAAAUGAGAGUAAAUGCUGGCUUGCGGAAAGAGACUCUGAGCCGAGUCAGAACAAAUCAAAGCAUGAUGAAAAGUACCACAAAGACCUGUCAACUCAUGAGACCGUGGAGCCAAAUGAUGGUUUUAAAGGACUGAAAGAUAUUCCACACAGUGAAGGACAGACUACGGGUAAGAUGCCAGAACUGGAAGAUUUUCAAAGCAGGGAUCAAGACUACAGAGACAUUGAUUACAGGACAGCUUCUGGAAGGAUGUUUGAGUACAAACAAGGGGCUCUUCAGGGAACACCACUAAUUGAGGAGUCCAAACCAGCCAUCCCUCCACAAUUCAGUGCAUCUGGUUCUAAGGAUCAAGACUACAGAAGCGCAUCAGUGGAGGGAAAAGUGUCCACAACAUUAUCCAUAAUUGGCAUUCCAAAAUCUGCUACAAUGGAGCAGGUUCUUGAUGCCUUUACAGUGCAAGACGGGAUGCCACACCCAGGGAUGAAGAUUAAAAACGUUGUCCCAGGUUACAGCUACGAUACGGCCUAUGUGGAGUUUUUAAACCUCGAGGAUGCAGUCCACUUCAUGGAGUCCAACAAGGGUUCCCUCAAGAUUGGCACUAGAACAGUUUCCAUUAGCUACUCUCAUCCAGAUGACCACAAAGGUAGUGUUGAUGAAUCCCAUCGUACCCUGCCUCCACCCCCGGAGUCACAGUUGUCCAGACCCGAUCGUCCAACAGAAGAAUUUGAGUCCGACCGCAACGGAUCCACGCCAAAAGGCACAGAGGAGCCGCUGUGUCCCACCCAGUGGCAGCGCAACUCUGACCUGACCCCUGAGGCCUGGCAGCAGCAGGUGGACCAGCAGUUUCACCAACAGGAAAGCGAGACGCAAGCCGAGUCUUGGGGCCAACAGAACAACCCUCACCACAAUUCCCAUCAGUCCAAAUCAGUCUUUAAGGACAGUAAAACCAUGAUCAUAAAAAAUAUAAAGCCCACCACCACAAUAGAGGCCAUUCUCAAAGCCUUGGAUCCGUUUGCUUAUCUGGAUGAGAGAAACGUUCGUCUAAUCAAGGCCAAGACACCUGGAGCAAAGUGCUUCUGCUUUGUUGACAUGGACUCCCAUGAGCAAGUGACACGCUUGGUCGACUUACUCCUCACCAAGCCAAAUCCCCUUUAUAUUGACGGAGUCCGAGUGUAUGCCGAGGUUGCAAAACCCCUAAAGAACCCGAGUUUCAGAAGAGAGUUUGACAAACCAAACAGCUCUACUCCAGGCUAUCAGCCCGCAGCCAGCACGAUGGAGCAGCAGCAGUUUUACCCCAAACCGCAACCCUUAAUGCAGCCACCUCCUGGAAUGCAAGCCGGUUUGCCAACUGACAGCAGUAAUCCACCUUUGUCAGUAGAUGCCAGAACCAGCCAGGGAAUUGGCUAUGAUGCCUGUCAAGCUGUGGAGCCGUCCUGCCAGGCGACUGAAGCUCAAGUGCCCGCAGCCGCCGCCAAUCAAUCGUAUGAUGCCGACACACAAGAUACGUCCAGCUACUUGUACGACGCCACAUCAGGCUUCUACUACGACCCUGAGACCACCCUGUACUAUGACCCUGGCUCCAGAUACUUCUACAAUGCUCAGAACCAAGAGUACCUGUACUGGGACACUGCAACAAAGGCAUACGUCCCGGUGCCCGGAGGCAACCAGGGGCACCAGUCUGUCGUCAUGACUCCCGAGGACCAAGCCAUUCUCUCCAAUCCUGCGGCUGACGCUCCUCUGGACAUGAAAAGACCCUCAGAGCCUCCGUUGCCCACCACGCAAGCGGCAGUCUCUGCUGACAACCGUGAAACGCCGUCUCCUGAGAAGAAGGAUGACGACGACUCGCCUAGAAGGGACGAGAAGCCAAAAAGUCUCGCUGCUGUCAAGAUCAUGAAGGAUAUGGAGCGCUGGGCCAAGAUCCAGAACCGGCAAAAGGAGUGUGUGCGUUCCUUAUCGCCGGUGCUGAGAGGCGGGACGGAUGACGACAGGAAGCAAUCAAAGACGGCGGACGCCGGGUUUGCCGUGUUUGAAAGGAAGAAUUCAGGCAGUGAGGAUCUCUUCAAGAAGCCUCUUGCUCCAGCUAAAAAAGAUGAAAAGCCAAAGCGGCCGAUGGGCUCCUUGGGCAUGCUGGCGUCAGACUAUGCCGCCGGAAGCGACGAGGAGGUGGAGGAGGAGAAGGAGGAGGUGGUACACAGCGGCCAGGUUGGCAAAGCGCCUUCCGAAGACCGAGAGGACAAGCUAACGGACUGGAAGAAGAUUGCCUGUUUGUUGUGCAGGAGACAGUUCCCCAACAAGGACGCGCUCAUCCGCCACCAGCAGCUGUCAGACCUGCACAAACAAAACAUGGAGAUCCACUUGAAGAUCAAGAGGUCCAAGAAAGAGCUGGAGGCGCUGGAGAACCAGGAGAAAGAACUGAGCACCAAGGAAGUUGGAAGGUCACCAGAACAGAAGAGGAGAAAACACCAUCACCAACAGCCGCAGCAGCAGCAUAACAGCUGGGCUGGAGGAUCCAGGGAAAUCCAUAAAGUCAGUGAUAGACCUGGUUUAGGCUCAGAACCUCCACCUAGACGGCAGAAGAAAGAGCACGUCGCUUGGGACCAUGCCACCUACAAACAAGCAGUGCGCAAGGCCAUGUUUGCACGCUUUAAGGAGCUGGAGUGACCUCACCCGAACCCCUGUCCCCAAUCUGUCACACAUUGUGAACACAUGGCUCUAAAAAAAAAAAACUCAUCAAGACAGCAAUGGAUGUUGUAC